AAUAUUUUAAAUCUGAAGUUCAGGCAUUAUUAUUGUAUGAAGACGUUUGUGAACAGUAAACAAAAACGACUGAUGAGGAAGUCCUGCUGCAAACGCCUCCUACUGGUUGGGCAAGCUCGGUCACGUAAUUGACCAGAAAUCGAAUCUGAAGUGCAUCCACCCUUCUGUCGGUCUUCUAACGCUUGUCCAUUUUGGGGCCUCGGCAUUUUGCUUUUGUUUGUUGGAGUUUGGGGUGGCAUGUUCCUGAAAGGAGUGGCACGCCCCCGUGUGGCUCAGGGAAGCAUCGCAAUGGGAAUGUGGUUUUGAUUGAUUGAUUGAUUGAUUGAUUGAUUGAGACUUUUAUUAGUAGAUUGCACAGCACAGUAGAGGCAAACAUUUUAACAAAAAUUCAAAGGUUGUUUUUUUUCAGAUUCAACACAAUGAAUCCGAUUUCCUGGUUCACUUUGGUCGCGCAAAUCCACAGCGUUGCGGCUGGUGUUCACAAUGUCCAGAAGAUGACUGGAUGUGAAUGGAAUGAUGAGACUGAUGAAGUCAAAGGUUGGUAUCAGUUAAGUUAUGAUGGAGAAGAUUUUAUAUCGUUGGACAUGAAGACAUGGACAUGGACCGCAUCAAGACAACAAGCUUUCCCCUCCAAACUCGAGUGGGACCAGGACAAACUUCUACUAGACUACAUGAAGUAUUACUACACUGAGCAAUGUCCUUCUUACUUGAAGAAGUAUGUGAACUAUGGGAAGGAGGUCCUAUCGAGAACAGAGCUUCCAGAGGUGUUCCUCCUCCAGAAGACGCCGUCCUCUCCGGUCAGCUGCAUGGUGACAGGAUUCUACCCCCACACUGCCGACCUGUUUUGGAGGAAAGACGGCGAGCAGAUGUUCGAGGACGUGGAGCACGGAGAGAUACUCCCCAACCACGACGGAACCUUCCAGAUGUCGGUGCACCUGAAAGUGGAGGUGACGGCCGACCUGGAGGGCAAGUACGAAUGUGUGUUUCAGCUGUCUGGCGUCAAGGAGGACUUGGUCACCAAGCUGGAGAGAAGAAGCAUCCUGAGCAACGCAAGCCAUGGAGACAACUUGAGCGUCGACCUCGCUGCCACGGUGGCGGUCGUCGCUGUGUUGGCCCUCCUGGCGGCCAUCAUCAUCGUCAUGGUCAGGCGUCACAGAAACAGACAAGCCCACUACGAUCCACCUGCCGACACCCCUGAGUCGUUAAUGGCUGAAGGCUGAGUGAGACGCACACGGAUGCUUCGUGCACUGGAAGACAGAGAGAUGUGUCCAUCGCUGAGGGACGUCAACACACUUUGAGAUCAUGAGAUGGAGAUGUGCUUUGUUCUUCAUCCGACUGCUCCUCACGUUAUACCAUGUAUUCUUCUUUGGCCGUUUGUGGGUUAGAAAAGUAGAUUUCUAUCCAUUCAUCCAUUUGCUACCACUGGUCCCUCUUUAUAUAAAGACAUAAUUUUAUAUUGCAUUAUUGUUUCUUUCGUUAACAUUAGAGUCCUUUCUGCAAAAAGGGAAUCCCUAGAAACGCAGUUUAUGGAUGGGGACCCCGCAGUUAAAAUAUACAUCAAUAAUAUACAAAAUACAGUAAAAUACAAUUCAUUUCAAAAUCUACCCACCCAAUAUCCAUUUACAAUUUCAUACCAACCCACCACCAGGUUUGCAUUUCAGAGAGGGAAGCUUUUAAUCCACUGAAUCAGUCUGGAUAUCUAAUUAUUCAGAUUUUAUUACAAGGUUGCAUAUUGAAUAUUUGCGAUAAUUAGUGAUGGGUCCGGCAACACAGAUGCAUCGGCGCAUGCGUCGAGCUCAUAGAGCGAUACCCUGUGUCGGUGCGCGUACCGCUUUUAGAAAGUCACGUGACCGAUACGCGAGCUGUAUCGCACUGACGCCUCCUCUGGGCCCUGUGAGCAACGUUCCCUCUAAGGUGCCCGCCUGCGCAAUUGCGCACUGCUCAAGCGUCCUCUGUGAACUCUGUGCGCCGCACAGCAAAUAUAUGCCGCGCACCAAAUCAAACCCAUCUGAAUUCUAAACAAAAUAAACACACUUAUACUGUGUAAUUUUGAAAUGCAACUUUGAGUGACAGUGACAACAAGCGGCCCUAACGGUGUUCGUCAACAACACGCAUACCACUAAGCCACCGGUGCGUUUAUGGCCACACAAAAAGUCGGACAACUUAAACACCACACAAAGUUACACUAUGACUCCUCAGCAGGCCUGGCCCUAACCUAUAUCUGGCGCCCUAGGCAAGAUUUUAGGUGGUUAUUUUUAACCAAAUCACAGCAGUGCUCAAAUUAAAAAACAGCAUUCCCUCUCAUGUGAUAUUGCUUAAUUAACAUUAAUGAUGUGCACUUUAACAACUAGGCUUACAACUAUACCUAAUAUAUAAAGGGGUGGAAAAGUGACUAUUACCUGCAGGGCAAACAUUAGCUAACCAGAAGGCAAUAACAAUGUAAACAAAAAACACCUGCUUAAAAGAUCUAAUACAAAUGUUCCUGAGGAAUGUAAGGUGGGAGUACUGUAAUUACCUAACGUUACAUUAUUAUUUUCCAUAACAAUUUAGCCCCCUCCACAAUAUUAACCCCACGUUAAAACAGAACUAGCUAUUUAUUGAUUAGCAAUUGCCGAAUUAUGUAACAUUAGCUUAAUGCUAAAAAGCCAGGUUACUAUCACAUUCUGUAACAGACAAAUAAUUUCAUGUAGGCUAACGUUACCUACAUGCUACCUCUGUCUUUUUCUCGUUUCUCCUCUUCUUUUCUCUUUUUUCUUCCCUGGGCACCUGACAGUUUUGGCCGUUUUGACAUCUUGUGUUGAUUUUUUUGAUGUGGUGACGUCCAA